AUGGACACUCUCCAUGCCGUCCUCAAUGUCCGUCAGGCUCCCGAUACCAAUCCAAAUCACGACCCGAACCUUGCCUCGAGCAGAAAUGCCUCCCCUUCCCUUUCUGGCCUGAUCUCGACAUUGGUGCCGACCCUUAUCAUUGCCAUCGUCUAUUUUGCCGUUUUCCUACUUUUGAGAACCCGAUUUCCUCGACAGUAUGCUCCUCGGACAUACCUGGGCGCUCUGCGCCCGCAAGAGCGCACCCCGGCGCCGCCAAAUACCCUGUUUGGCUGGAUCCCGUUCAUGAGAAGGCUGCCUGAUGAGUACGUUCUCCAGCACAACUCCCUCGACGGCUACUUUCUGCUCCGUUAUCUCAAAAUAUCAAUUGUGAUCUGCGUGGUCGGCUGCCUCGUUACAUGGCCAAUCUUGUUCCCCGUCAACGCGACUGGUGGAGGUGGUCAAACGCAACUCAACAUUCUCAGCUUCAGCAACAUCGUGGACAAGAACCGCUACCUGGCGCACACCUUCGUCGCGUGGCUGUUUAUUGGCUUCAUCUUCUUCUUGGUCACCCGGGAAAUGAUAUACUACAUCAACCUGCGGCAGGCGUACCUCUUGUCACCUCUGUACGCUUCCAGGAUUUCUUCGCGCACUGUGCUAUUUCAGGCCGUGCCCAACGAAUACGCCAACGAAGCCAAGAUCCGUCGCAUGUUCGGUGAUGAACUGAAGAAUGUCUGGGUGGCUUCGGACGCGAAGAAAUUGGAGGAAAUGGUCGAGGCGCGCUACAAGACCUGCAUCAAGCUGGAAACUGCCGAGACGAAACUGAUCAAAUUGGCCAACGAUGCUCGUCUGAAAUCGACCAAAGGAAAGAAGCCUGCUCCGGAGCUACCCGAGACCAAUUACGAUGAGGAUGAGUAUGCGGCUGAGUCUGGCACUGCUGCUGCUCGAUGGGUCCGACCAAAGGACAGACCGACCCACCGCUUGAAGUUUUUGGUUGGCAGGAAAGUCGACACGGUCAAUUGGUGCCGCGAGGAGAUUGCCAGGCUCAAUCCUCUGAUUGAGGCCGAGCAGGACAAAUACCGCGCGGGCGAGGCCGUCCCCAAGAACGCUGUCUUCGUCGAAUUCUGGAACCAGACCCAAGCGCAGAGUGCUUUUCAGAUGGUCACUCACCACCAGCCGUUGCAUAUGUCCCCUCGCGUCGUCGGUCUCAGCCCGGAAGAAGUCGUCUGGUCGAAUCUCGGCAUAACAUGGAAAACGAUGACCAUCCGCAACUAUAUCUCGCUGGCUUUCAUCGCCGCCCUGAUCGUUUUCUGGUCCAUCCCGGUCGCCGUCGUCGGUUCUAUCUCGCAGAUCUCUUACCUGACCGAGGUAGUUCAUUUCCUCCGAUUCAUCAACAACUGCCCAAAGGUCAUUUUGGGUGUCAUUACGAAUCUUUUGCCAGUCGUGAUGCUUUCCAUCCUCAUGUCUCUUGUCCCAGUCAUCAUGAGGUUCAUGGGCAAAUUCGCUGGAUUGCCGACAUUAUCACUUGUUGAACUUCGUUGCCACGAGUCAUAUUUCUGGUUCCAGCUGAUUCAAGUCUUCUUGGUCACCACAAUGACGAGCGCAGCAAGUGCGGCGGUGCCGCAAAUCAUCAAGCAUCCCGAGUCGUUGACCACAUUAUUGGCUCAAAACCUCCCCUUAGCCUCCAACUUCUAUAUCUCAUAUUUCAUUCUUCAAGGUCUUGUAUUUUCUUCGGGCCAGCUUCUCAACAUCGUUGGACUGGUUCUUUACAACGCCCUUUCGAGGAUCCUCGACAAAACGCCUCGAAAGAUGUACAACCGAUGGUCAAGCUUGUCCUCUGUCGGCUGGGGCAGUGUUUUCCCCGUCAUCGAGUUGAUGACCGUGAUAUCGAUAGCGUAUGCCCCGAUUGCACCUCUCAUGCUCGGAUUCGCGGCCAUAGGUCAGGGCCUCUUUUAUUUUGCGUAUCGCUACAGUCUUCUCUUCGUCGACAGCUCAGUCAUUGACACCAAAGGCCUUGUCUAUGCCAAAGCUCUGCAACAUACUUUGGUCGGCUGCUACUUGGCAGUCAUUUGUCUCAUCGGCCUCUUUGGAAUCCGCGCGGCCCCUGCACCCCUGGUCCUGAUGGUGAUAUUCUUGGUCCUCAUGGUCCUGUACCACAUUUCCUUGACAACAGCGGUCCGUCCGCUCUUGUAUUAUCUCCCUCGCUCCCUCGAAGCCGAAGAGGCCGCCCUGCUGCACACGGAAUCCGCCCUGAUGACUGGUCCCGGAGGACAGCCCUCGCGUCCAAGUAUCCACGAGAAGGACCAGUUAGAGGAGUUACGGGUAGUGAAAGAGACCAUGCCCCCUGGAGGCAGCAAACACGUCUCCAUGAUCAGGCGCUUCUUCCGCCCCGACAUUUACGCCAGUUACGCCAUUCUCCGGAAGCUUGUGCCACAGGAGUUCGCCGAGAUCAGAUAUUCCCCCGAAGUUGAGCGGGAUGCGUACCAAGAUCCUGCUUGUAAUGCAGUUGCACCUUUGCUGUGGGUGCCUCGUGAUCCUAUGGGUGUCUCCAGGCAGGAGUGCCUUCAUACAAACAAGGUCACCCCGAUGACGGACGAGGGGGCCAGUUUCGAUGAGAAGACGGGAAAGAUUAUUUGGAACGAGGAAGAGACCGGCGGCCAGCCGCCGAUCUUUGAAGAAAAGAUAUAUUAUUGA